GGCGCGGAAAUGAACACCAUCAGGGAAUAAGAGGCGAUGAUAUUAGGGAUGGAAAUUGACCGUGCGGAUCACGGCAUGCUGCAUGAUGCCAAUUGCAAGGCGGCUUUCCGUGGUACGACAUCGAACUUGAUCAUAGAGAUUGGGAAGGUACGAGCGAGGACCUCCUUUUUCGUCAUGCCAGACGUCGACCACUCCAUCCUCCUGGGAAGAUCGUUCCUGUGCCGCACGGAGAGCCUGAUCUUAAAUAAGCAUAAUGAAACGAUGAUCCUGCUCCUGUGCGAUCCGGCCUGUGGGAACUAUGAGGUCAUUACUUGCCGGAACACGGGUCUACGGAGUGGGAGAAACAAACCCAACCUUGGCUCGUUUACUUUCGAAGAAUCUAAGAACGAGCUGAGGAGGCUCUGGGAGGUGCCCGAGGAGGAAGAAGGGACCGAGGUGCUGACAUUAAGCUUUUCAGACGUCAAUAAGGCUAUGGAAGUGGUGGCCGCGCAUGACAUGGCAGACCUUGAAGCCAUCAAAGCGUUGAGGGAGCAGGUUUUUGAGAACCGUCAGGUCCGAAGCUUGCUGGAAGAGUACAACCUUACAGCAAGUGGCCUGAAGUCCAAGCAUUGUAUGAGGGAGGCGACCAUCGUAGGUUUUGUCUUUAAUGAGAAUGGCCGAAGGCCCGAUGUGAAGAAGACAGACAAAAUCAUGGAGUGGCCAAUACCCUUUCGCUCAAUAACGGACGUAAGGAGCUUCCUUGAUACUUGCGGAUUUUGGAGAAGCUUCGUGGAGAACUUUACCGCCAAGACGGAGCACUUAAGGAAGAUGGUACGUCAGGACCAGAAAUGGGUUUGGGGUGGAGAUCAGGAAGAGGCUGUGAAGAGGAUGAAGGCAAAAUUUAAGGAAGGGGAUCUGGUGUUGGGGGCGCCGAACUACGAGGUCACUGAGGAGAAGUUGUUCAUCAUUGAAACGGAUGUUGGACCUACUGCCUUGGGAGGAGUUUUGGUUCAGGCGGAUGCCGAAGGAAAGGAGAGACUGCUGUGGUUCGAGAGUCGUACUCUUAAUACGGCUGAGAGGAACUACUCUCAGUUUAAGAAGGAGACGCUGAUGAUGCUCCAUUGCCUAAGGAUCUUCCGGAAUUACGUCUUUGGCAGAAGGUUCAUAUUGAGGGUGGACCCUACUGCGCUUGCCAGUUCCCUGAAGAACUAUACCCAAUCUGACCCAACCGUCGCAAGGUGGUUGGCGUACAUUUGGAUAUUCAACUUCGAGCUGAACAGGAUUCCAGGGGACAAGAAUAGGGCAGACUGGUUGAGCCUCAUCAACUGGGAUGAGAUAGAUCAGGAAUCGAUAGAAGACACUCCACCAAUUGAUAGGUUCUUGGAUCAAGAAGAGGACGUCCGCCUUCAUAUAAACGAAUGGUCCCUGCGAGUACCUAGUUGUGUCGGUCACCCCAUAUGGUUAGCGCUUAAGGGGUACAAGCAAAAGGAGAAGCUGAUCCUCAAGCCCUUCCAAAAGGAGGAUCCGUGGGGAGGUAAAGAUUUCCACUGGAUGACGAAGCUGGCAUCGGCAGGCACACAUAACUUGGCGGAGGAAGUGAGGACGAUAGAGGAAGUCCCAACUCAGCCAACACGAUAUGAGCCGGCAGAAGAGUCAUCAGGCCCUGAGCCGGAGGCGGAGCCGCACGAGCCAGGGGAGCUGCAAACUGAGGAGGUUAUUACCGUUGGGGACGAUACCCCUCCUCCCACCCCAAUUCCGGAGCAGGUACGGCAGUACAGGCCUGAGGGAAUUCCUGAGCCGGAUAGCGAGGAGAUUCCAAUACUACCAUCGGAAACUAUUACACCGCCUUUGAAGCAAGCAGAGCCAGAGGAGCAAGAGGAGAUCGAGAGGGCUGGAACGCGAAUAGUUGCCGCCUUACAGCCAGCCGAGCAUGCGGCUGAGCAUAUGGAUACGGAGAUGCCGGCAUCCGAGGGGCUACCACCAAAGUUCCCACCGCCAAAGGAGGGAGGGAGUGCGGGAGUUCCGCUAGGAGAGGUCCGCGAGGCGCGAGUCGGGAGGCCAUCAGGAGAGACAGCUGAGGAAAAAUUUGUAAGGGUGCAGGCAUGCAUCGCAAAGAUUUAUGAGAAGAAGAUUAGGAUGGAGGCUGCAGGAGAGGCGCCAACACCGCCGAUCGAUCCCGGGACCAGUGAGCAGAGGAUUGGCGAGCCAUGGACGAGAUAUGAGGAUAUGAGGGAUGCCGCCUGCUUGAGGUCGCGAGAGGCAGGACGAGGAGACGAGAGGGUGGACGAGGCACGAGAGACUGGAGACUUGGGGUUUUUUGCCACCAGGAUGGCGAUUGAGCGCACGGACAAGAGGAUACUCCAAGCGGCGACCACAUAUUUCCAGCGUUACGCCAUGCUUAGCGAUGAGCUGGCGGCCUCAUGGCUGGGGGUGGAACAACUAUCUACUCAACUGGCGGAAGAGAAGGCGAAGAACCAAGCCUGGAGGUCGCAAAGGAGAGCCAGGGAAGCUGAAUGGGAAAGGAGGCUUCAAGACAUGGCUGCAGUUGUGGAGAGACUUUCGGCCACCAAGGUUGUCGAUUGGACAGAGCAGAGUCGAUAUGGUAUCCAGGGAGAGGAGGUGCGAGGACUCUUUGGCCAGGGAGGGAUGCCAGGGCCACCUGAGCAAGAGAGGAUGAAGAAGUUCUUCCUGGAUCCAGCGGAAGUGGAAGCAAGGCGGAAGGCCGAGGAGAAGAGUUUCAGCUUCAAGGCUCCCACAGAGUUAGCCUCGCAACAGGCUACCCCUAUGAUGAUUGAGAACCCUAUGGAGGGGCCAACACAGAGAUCCCAACCUCCACUAGAGGAAGGGGGCCCCGCAGAGGAGUCCCCUACGAUCCUUUUGGAGGUGCAGGGAGGUACCCUUACGGAGGCAGUGGCGACCGCUGAACCUGAGACAAUGGAGGAGGAAGCAUCACGGUUGAACGAGCUAGUGGCAGCCAUGGAGGUAGACAUACCGCUAGAGAGACCCCAGAGGCUGAAUACGCCUGAGUAUGGACCAAAGGGCGCGGGCGCACGAGGUGGUAUUCUGUUCCUGAGUAUGUUCUAUGAGUUGGACGUUGAGAACAUGAGUCCUUCUCGGAUGAGAGGGAUGAUGAGUUGAGUAUUUGUAUUGAGCCUUGAGGGGGAUAGUUUGCUCCCGAGUGUAUUUUGGCU